GACAUAAAGUCAAACAAAAUAACUUCUCCAAACCGCAUCCCUUCACGAAGUUUCAGUCCGCACAUUUAUCUGAUAUCCCCACAACAGCUGUGAUUAUCGCAAUCAAAAAUCGCCUAAACGCAAAUUACAAUCGCAACUAGAUUACAAUUCAAAAGACAGUCGCAACCAUGGAGACAGACGCAUCCAAUAUCCCGCUUCCCACAAAUGAGGAUCUUUCACCUACAGAACAAGAUUUAUUAGAUGAGUAUGAACGCUUGGCAGAGAAUAUGAAGACUCUCGCGCACACUCUCGAAACAAUGUCCAAUAACCCCACAGCUUACAUCCUUGAUAAUCUGCGCCAAUUGGAGCGGAAAACAAGUUUAGUUUUUACGUUGUUGAAAGCGAGUGUUUAUAGUAUUGUGCUGCAGCAGCAGAUUAGUGAGGAGAGGAAUGACGAUGGUGGAGGAGAGGGGAGUGAGGAGGGUGAUUAUGAGUAAAGUGGUAGAGAUGGUGGAAAUUGUUGGAGAGGGGGGUGUUCUCUGUACGAUUGCAUGAUUGAGAAGCAGGAUAUUUACGCAUAUUUGAUAAGGGAGGUGGAACUAAUUCUCUUGAUCACUAUGGAAUUUCGACUAGGUCACACCAACCCAGGCUUUCGAUAAUUUUAAGGAAUGUGUUAAGAUGGCUCGAUAUGCGGGAAAUGGAGGUCAUCAUGGGAAAGUAGAAUCGGAUAUGACAGAGAGGGCGGAGAUGAUAGGAGUUUCUGAUCAGUCUAUGGCGGCAAGCUCUACACCAUUGAUGACAUGGUAGAGUACAUCAUUACGACAUAUCACGAAUUACA